AGGGAAUGUUAAAAACAUCAGUAAAACUGCCCCAGAUGUUUAGGGCAGAAAAGGACCUCCAGCGGCACGUCGUGGUUGGAAAGGGUACUGCAGCCAGCAGAAGACCUUAAAUGAGUUGACUGGAAGACACAUGCAGCAGUGAGAGACCACAGCAGCGCAGCAACAGGCAGUCAGCAGUGAGUUAGCGAAUACAGAGCAGCGCGAGUGAGUGAGUGAAAACGACGGAAACGCGUCGAUUGGGUGUGAAAUUUGAAGUUUUUUCUUCCACAUUCAACAGGCGCUGUGCAGAUGUCACUUGUGGCUUAGGGUGUCCGUUUUGGCGUGGUAGAGCAGAGCCAAGACCAGCCUGCACUGCCAAACAGACUCAAAGAGGCUUGAAUUUCUGCUUUGCUGCUGUUUUCACUCGUCAGCCCCUGAUAUCCGACUUUGGUGUGCUCGUGUAUUCACUGGACGAGAUCCCUGCAUUGCGCCUGACUGAGCUAGCCAAACUUUCAAGGGAACAGAGGAGUAGUGGCCAAAAAGGAAGAAACAGUGGAGUGGUGUAAGAGAAGAGAGUGAGAGAGAAGGUGAAAGAGAGAGUGACGAGAGAGAUGGAUUCGCUACCAAUGGAGUCAGCCACGGUAGAUGAGUUGGUGGACGCCUGCAUCCAAGCUUUUGAUGUUACAGGGAAAUUAAAAGACCCGUCUUUAGUCCGGAUGUUUCUGAUGAUGCACCCCUGGUACCUGCCCUCUACCGAACUUGCUAAGAAACUACUGCUCAAAUCUCAGGAGGACGGCUGUACUGCAGACCUCAGGAGCAGAAUCUGUCAUCUAGUCAAGUACUGGAUCUCAGAGUUUCCUGUCGAGUUUAAUCUUAAUCCUGCUUUAGCUGAACAGAUUAGAGAUUUGAGGGAGCAACUCAACACAGAGGGCAACGAGCGGGAGAGCCAACUCAUCGACGUAGAGAGUGUGCCCUCAUAUAAGUGGAAGCGUCAGGUGACUCAACGUGUUCCAUCUGUGUCGAAGAAGAGGAAAAUGUCUCUUCUAUUUGAUCAUCUCGAUUCCUCCGAACUGGCUGAACAUCUUACCUACCUGGAGUACAAGUCUUUCUGCAAGAUACUGUUCCAGGACUACCACAGCUUUGUCAGACAUGGCUGCACAGUGGAUAACCCCAUCCUGGAACGUUUCAUCACCCUUUUCAACAGUGUCUCCCAGUGGAUCCAGCUCAUGGUUCUUAGCAAGCCCACGGCUCAGCAACGUGCUGCUGUCAUAACCCACUUUCUCCGUGUAGCGCAGAAACUGCUGCAGCUGCAGAACUUCAACACUCUGAUGGCAGUGGUUGGAGGCCUCAGUAACAGUUCCAUCUCCAGGCUGAAAGAUACACAGACACACAUCAGUAACGACACCAACAAGAUUUUCAACAGUCUGAUAGAACUGGUGACUUCAUGUGGAAACUACAGUCAGUACCGGCGCCGUUUUGCAGACUGUUCUGGGUUCAAGUUCCCCAUACUGGGCGUCCACCUGAAGGAUUUGAUUGCGGUGCAUGUGGCGCUGCCAGACUGGACUAACCCAGAGAAGACAUGUGUCAACCUAGCUAAGACCCAGCAGCUUUACGCCAUACUGCAGGAGCUUGCACUUGUACAGACCACACCACCUAAUGUAGAGGCCAACACUGAUCUACUCAACCUACUCACGGUUUCACUGGACCAGUAUCAUACAGAAGAUGAGAUAUAUCAGCUGUCUCUACAGAGGGAGCCACGAAGCACUAAACCAGCAAACUCAAGCCCCACUCCCAGUCCAGCGCCAAAGCGACCGUCAAUGAUUGAUGAGUGGGCAGCAUCGGUGAAGCCUAAAGCAGAUCCUGCCAUCAUCACCAAACACAUCGAAAAGAUGGUUGAUUCUGUGUUCAAGAAUUUCGACACGGAUGGAGAUGGUCAUAUUUCCCGUGAGGAGUUUGAGAGCAUUAGGAAUAACUUCCCAUAUCUCAGCAAGUUUGGAGAGCUGGAUACCAAUCAGGAUGGAAAGAUCAGCAGGGAGGAGAUGAUAGAUUACUUCAUGAAGGCCAGCUCUCUGCUUAACUGCAAGAUGGGUUUCAUACACACUUUCACUGAGACCACUUAUGUGAAGCCCACCUUUUGUGAACACUGUACUGGCUUUAUAUGGGGCUUUUAUAAGCAAGGAUACAAGUGUAAAGUAUGUGGUGUGAACUGUCACAAGGCAUGUCGCUCGCGAUUGGCAGUGGAGUGUCGAAAAAGGACGAAAAGCAUCAGUCACGAAACUCCACCUGCACUACAAGCUCGGUCUUACAGCUUCCCACCUCCAUCUAACACACCAGUCAAUCUUCAGAACACAGUGAUUGCAGAGGAGGAUAUGGAGGCAGCGGGGGAAGGAGGGUUUGAUGUUCACCUAUAAUCCGGAUGUGCAGCAUAGCAUCAUGUAAACAAGCAACAACAAACCAAGGAACAACCACUAACCCCCAGUGCACUGACAGAAUGCUCAGUUAGCAUGCUAGAUGUUUAGGGGUUUAGCUUAAUCAGGGUUUGUGGUUUCUAGGUUGGCCGAAGAUUUACAGCGAAAAAGGCUCAGCCUCUGCAACUUCAAACUUGAUCUUUAUCAUCCUGAGAACAUGUAAAACGGUGAGAAAAAAAAACGAACAUUGACCUGACGUGGGUACAAGGGACAUUUCCAUCACAGUUGGUCUGUUAGUAGUUAGGCUUUGGCAUGCAAUUCCUUCACGAUGAAGAGAGUUUAAGUGUCCAUCAGCUCCACACACAGAAUCUCCAACACAAGACAUCCGCAUGCUGCCAUCUUCUGGAUGAAAACUGCAAGUGAAGUACAGACCAGGUGCUCAUCCCUCACUCGUCCUUUCCCUUGAAUGUGAUCUCUCAAUAUUUUUAAAUACGUUAUCUAGUUGUUAUUUGCAUUGCUGUGCAAAGUUGCAUCUCCUUUUCAACUCUUUUAUAUUUCAAGUUUAAAAAAUGCUGUGGACUGUAAAAGUCUGUUUAAUCUAGUGGAAGACAGUGGGCUAAGCCCAUUUACUAAAUAAACAGAAGGCUGUCUCUAAUUUGUGGUCUUGUUGAAAGAUGUCAGUAAAUUUCUGUAUAUUAGGGGGAAAAUCCUUUAAUUGUACGUCACUUUAGAACUCCCAAGGUGCUGAGAUAUUCAGAGCUUGAUGUUUAAACUGCUCAGCUUGUGUUUUGUAAUUGUGAGUCACUGUUGACUGUAUUUGUGAUUUUUUUUUUUGUGCAGGAAAAUGCAAAACGUAUAUAUAUUUAAAACCAGCUGUGUAAAAAAACAAAUCAAGUUAGUGUAAAACAAUAAGUUAGUGUAAUAUAGACAUUUUAACAAGUCGAAGCACAUUUUAGAAAGACCACUGUAGCCUAUGUGAAAGUCUGAAUGAUAUUUUUAAGGUUUAUCUUGAUAUAGCUGUAUAUUUUCUAUUAGUUGUCAUAAGAUUAACAUAUGAAAACGCUUCCAGAACUCUUCCAAUAACUGAACCAUGAAUGUAGAAAACCCAGUUGAUAUUGUCCUGAGAAAUGUGUUUCUGUAAAUAUUAAGUAUAUUGUAUCUUUUUCACGUUUGUGUUGUAACCCUGUUGUAUUUCAAGUGCACUGAUAUUGCCAAAUAUGCUAAAUGUUAAAUGUCUGUUUUUCUUUUCUUUGGGCAUGCACAACAAGCAUUUUUAUACCACUAAUAUUAAUCUACAGUGCUGUGCAUUUAUGUAAUUUUCAGUCAAAGCAGCCAGAAAGUACUGCUUACUCAUCUUUCAGCUUCAGGAAACAUGUUUAACAGAAAAUUACAGAGAAGCCUCAACAACUAAUUACAGUAUCCAGUUUUUCAAUAUUAUUUGUGUCCACCCUUGACCUUAUUAUCGCUUCCAUUCUUUUCAGGAGACUUGCUUUCAGUUUUUCUAAGAAAUCUGCAGGGAUAUUUUUCCACACCUCCAAAGUUCAGCCUUAGAACUUGGUUGUGUUUUUUGCUUCUCAAAAUCCAAGGAAUCCCAAAUGCAUUCAGUGAUGUUGAUGUCUGGACUCUGGGGUGGUCAGUUAGUUCCACGAACUCCAGUGGCUUCUGUAUUUGAUUUGCAAAUGUUCCUCCUUUUUUGUCUAUUUCCUUUUUUCAGUAACGGCUUCUUGACUACUACACAUCCUUUCAGCAUUGAGUUGU